GCGAAACGUGCAUAUACGGAGCUGUCUCUACAGCUGAACACUAUGUCCUCUGGCUUCUCUCAACUCUCGCCUGGAUCUAUGUAAUGAGAUAGCUAUUCAGAAAAAUGGAUGCAAGAGCUGAAUGGACGGGCGGCAGCCAAUCACCGCUCGGAGAGUCUUUGCUUCCCUGCACUUCGGCUUUCCUGGUGCCUGGGCAGGAGGAUGUUUACCUGCGCGACUCCCAAUAUUUUGACGGGCGUACGUCUGUACAGGGUCUCAAUGCAGGUUACGGAAGCCCUGGGCAGCUCAUGGGUGCCACAUGGCCAACCCGACACGCAUCCGCCUUCGCAGCACCAACAGCGUUCCCUGGCCAGUCGCAGUAUCCGGCGGAUCCUCCCCUCCAGCCCAGUGCCAGUCCGGCACAGGAGGCAGCUCAGUACCAUCAGGCUGGACAGCUGUCGCCUGAGAACCCGACCCUGCUCGCGGCGCUGGACCUCGCGCCAGCUGCAGCUUCCGCCAGCCCAGCCUACCAACAUAGUGGGGGCGCUCCUGCGCGGUCGCCAGGUGGCGGCCCAAUGAACCUAUCUGCAGCUAGCUCACCAUUCCAUGCACAAGGCGCCGGGGGCUACGGCAUGCCUCCGCAGCCAGCUGAGGCGUGGGGAGCGUACCAGCAACAGGUGCGGGCAAGCCAGCAAGCCCUGGAUGCUCGGUUUGCUGUUGCGGCGGCAGCAGGCGCUGGCGGGGGCGGGGGCGGAGGCGCUUCGCCAUCACCGCCCUUCCGUAUGGCUGCAGCCCCGAUUGCAUCUCCAGUGAGGGCCUCUCAGCCUCUCCCGUCGCAGUACGCGCAGCACCAGGCGAGGAGCUCACUCCAGGCCAGCCUUGCAGAGCCGUACAUGGUCACCACGGUCGAGCAGCUGCGCACUAGUCCCCUGCCGUCUGGCGUGUCUGAAAGUCCUGCCCUGGGCGGGCCAAGAAGUGGCGGUGGGGCUGGACAGGGCGGCAGCAGCGGCGGUGACAAAGGGGCCUCUUCCCAGCGGUACCAGGCGCAAAUCCUGUCGCUCGAGAGGCAGAACGCGGAGCUGCAGAAGCGACUGGCGGACGUGCAGGCGGCGCUGGAGGCGGCCCAGCAGGGGCGACAUGCACUGGAGGCGAAAAACGACAUGCUGCUGGACGAGGUGGCGCAGGCGAAGAGCGAUGCCAAGGCGCGCGAGAGUGCGCUGGAGACUGCGCGGCGUGCCAAUGACGCCAUGUCCACUGAGCUUCGCGGCGUCCAGGAGGAGCUGUCGUCGGCACGUGACGCGCUGGCAGAAGCCAAGGACACGGCGGUGCAGUGGCAGGACCGAGCCAUGGAGGCGGCCAAGGAGCUGGACGCCAGCAGGCGCAAGAUCGAGACACUGGGGGAGGAGGAGCGGCGGUUGAGCGCGGAAAACAUGGUCCUGCGCAAGGAGGUGCAGCAGCUCAAUGACGCGAUCAUCAAGGGGCGUAUCGAGACCUCGGAGCUGCGCGACAAGCUGCGGCAGGCGCAGCAGGAGGGCGCGCGGGCCACCAGCGAGGUGCACAUGCUGGCCAGCCGCGCAGAGAGCGAGCAGGAGAGCGCCGCGGUACAGCUGGUGCUCAUGCGCAACCGCGUGGCGGAGCUGGAGGCGCGCAACAGCCAGAUGGUGUUUGACCUGGCGGCUGCGCGGGAGGAGUCGGUGCGCGCGCGGCAGGCGGCGGAAGCGACCAAGGCAGCGCUUGCCGCCAAGCCGGCGGGUAUCAUCAGUGAGCUAGGGCCAGCGUCACGGCACUACGGCACACUGUCGCAAGCAUGGCUGGGCACCGAGGGCAUGGGCGGCGCGCCAACUUCUGCUGCUGCCGCGGCGGGCGCCGGGCCGCGGCAUGCUGCAGCAGACCGCGGUCCAGCCGUAGGGAGCGGCAGUUCGGCACAGUCAGCAGAGGUGUAUGCGCCCGCCAGCACGACAGCGGCGGUGCUGCGGGAGCUGCCGCGCGAUGUUGCCUUCAGCAGACUGGAUCCGGAGACCUUCCGCAGCAUGGUGCGCGCGGAGGCGGAGGCGUUGGCGCGCGCUAGCGGCGGUCGCACAGCUGCCAGCCACGACGCCGGUGGGCACGGCACCUCGGCGUACGAUGCGGGGCCGCACUCGCCGCCGCCGCCGCGGUACGGUGGCUACGGCAGCGCGGGUGCGUCUGCAGACGCGCUGGCGGCGGAAGCGAGCAGCGGCAGUGUCGCGUCCGGCCUGCCCGCGCCCUCAUCACACCCCGCAUGGGCUGCGCCGCAAUCAUAUGCUGACAACAACAGGCAGUCGUACGACAGCAAGCCGUAUGACAGCAGGUCGUACGAGGCGGCAAAACCGUACGAGGUGCGGGAUUCUCUGGCGGCCAUGCUCCCUGACCCUCGCUCGUCAUGGGUGGCAUCCCUGGCGGAGGCUCGGAAUGCGCCCGGGUACGGCGAUGGCCCCGGGGCGUACGGCGCACGAACCGGUGCAGCAGGGGCCGGGCAGCGCCCGCCGCUACCUCCAAGCGCCGGCACCAACCAGCAGCAGUCGCCGGGGCCGACAUCGCCACCGCCGCCGUACGCCAUUCAUACCGCGGACAGCUCUUACGCAUACCGGCGGCCGCCGAACGCGGUGGGCGCAGGCGCGGCAGCUGGUGUUGGUGGCGGUAGCGCUGACAGCAACACGCCCUUUGGCACUGAGGAUACAUCCAAGGCUCUGCUGGCGCGCUCCAAGGCACUGGAGGACCAGUUGAUGGUGCUGUGCGCGGAGAAGGGCGGCCUGGAGGCCGAGUACGCGCGCAUGCCGCUGGGCGCCGGCCGCUCGCUGCGGGAGCGCAACCGCAAGGCGGUGGUGGAGCAGCGGCUGGAGCUGCUGAACAAGGAGAUCAGCGCUGUGCGCAUGCAGCUGAAGCGCAUCGGGCUUAAGUGAUAACAGGCCGUCGUGCUCAGGGCGGUCGGCUGGUAGUUAGCUGGUAGGACGUGGGUAAAAAGAGUGUGUGAUGGCAAGUGGAGAAUGCGAGGCGCCGCCCGGCGCAAACUAGUGACACGUGCCAUGU